ACAAAUCUAGUUCCCAUUUUUCUAAAGGACUUGUGAUGUCACAGCAUUCACUUCAGUAGUUUUUCUGGGUAGUAGCUAUUCUUUUGCUUUCAAUUAAAUGUGGAGAAAUGGCUGACAAUCCCAGCACAUCAUCUCAGAUACAAAAUGAAUAGUUUAAUCAGUAAGCAAAUAACUGCUAUUGGAACUAGAGCAGCAAGCAAAGGGCUGAGAAUAGGAUCAUGGGACACACUUCUCAGGAACCCCCUGCGACCUGUCUGGGAAGGGCUAAGAGUUUGCCAUUCAGGCAUCAGCGCUGUGCAGCACCCCAAAACGCAGUUCAUCAAAAAGAGGGGGUAUGACAUUACCAGGAACCCCCAACACAAUAAGGGAAUGGCUUUUACGCUUGAAGAAAGACUUCAGCUUGGUAUACACGGUCUCCUUCCUCCCUGCUUCCUGAGCCAAGAUGUCCAAGUUCUCCGUGUCAUGAAAAGCUAUGAAACAAAGUCCAAUGACCUAGACAAAUACAUAAUCUUAAUGACUUUACAAGACCGUAAUGAAAAGCUGUUCUAUCGGGUUCUUACUUCUGAUAUUGAGAGGUUUAUGCCGAUCGUUUACACCCCUACGGUAGGCUUGGCUUGUCAACAGUAUGGUCUUGCCUUCAGAAGACCACGUGGACUUUUUAUCACUAUUCAUGACAAAGGUCACAUUGCAACUAUGCUAAACUCUUGGCCAGAAGAAGACAUUAAGGCCAUUGUAGUUACAGAUGGAGAGCGCAUCUUGGGCUUGGGGGACCUUGGAAGCUAUGGAAUGGGAAUACCUGUAGGAAAACUUGCCCUAUACACUGCCUGCGGAGGUGUUCACCCACAUCAGUGCCUUCCUGUGCUGUUGGAUGUGGGGACAGACAACGAGACUCUUCUGAAUGAUCCUCUCUAUAUUGGACUAAAACACAAGCGAGUUCGUGGAAAAGAGUACGAUGACCUUAUUGAUGAGUUCAUGCAGGCAGUGACUAACAAGUAUGGGAUGAACUGUCUUAUCCAGUUUGAAGAUUUUGCCAAUUCCAAUGCAUUCCGAAUUCUGAACAAAUAUCGGAACAAAUACUGCACGUUCAAUGAUGAUAUUCAAGGAACAGCAUCAGUAGCAGUUGCCGGUAUUUUGGCUGCUUUACGUAUCACAAAUAACAAGCUUUCUGAUCACAAAUUUGUUUUUCAAGGAGCCGGAGAGGCUGCAAUGGGGAUAGCACUUCUUAUUAUCAUGGCUAUGGAAAAAGAAGGGAUUUCAAGAGAAGAAGCUAUCAAGAAAAUCUGGAUGGUGGAUUCAAAAGGUCUUAUAGUAAAGGGAAGGGGAAAUCUGAAUCAUGAAAAAGAAAUGUUUGCUCAAGAUCAUCCAAAUGUGAAAACCUUAGAGGAAGCUGUACGCAUCUUGAAGCCUUCAGCAAUUAUAGGUGUAGCAGCUAUCGGAGGUGCUUUUACAGAACAAAUUUUGAAGGACAUGGCUGCCUUUAAUGAACGUCCAAUUAUAUUUGCACUUAGCAACCCAACCAGCAAAGCAGAAUGUACUGCAGAGCACUGCUAUCAGCUGACAGAGGGUCGAGGUAUAUUUGCCAGUGGAAGCCCAUUCUCUAAAGUUACUCUUCCUAAUGGUCGGACGUUUUUCCCCGGUCAAGGUAACAAUGCCUAUGUAUUUCCAGGAGUUGCACUGGGUGUCAUCGCUUGUGGAGUCCGACACAUUUCAGAAGAUAUUUUUCUUACAACUGCUGAGGCAAUUGCUGAAGAUGUAACUGCUGAACAUUUGGCUGAAGGAAGGUUGUACCCUCCCCUGAGUAACAUCAGAGAAGUGUCCUUCAAAAUUGCUGUCAGAAUCGUGGACUAUGCAUACAAAAAUAAUUUGGCAUCAUGGUAUCCUGAACCUGAGGACAAGAAGGCAUUUGUCAAGUCUCUGAUCUACAGCCCUGACUAUGACUCAUUUACCAUUGACAACUAUCAAUGGCCGAAACAAGCAAUGGAGAUACAAGAUGUCUAAAUAAGCAACAGCUUUUUCAAUUCUUCUCAUUAUACUACAGUUGCACUGUUAAAAAAAGCACUCCAAAAAUCUUGUAAAAGAUAACGCUGUGCAUAUAUGAGACUUUCAUCAUGUUAUACAGAAAUUGUAUCCUAAACACAGUCCGUAAUCGAGAAAUCCAUUUAUUGUUUUCUAUUUACUUAAAUCAGCUAUAUUGUCAGAUUAAUUCAUCACCUAAACGCUCCAAGAAUGUGUGUGUGUGUGUUUGUGUGUAUAUAUAUAUAUAUAUAUAUAUAUAUAUAUAUAUAUAUAUAUAGAACAAUGUAGUAAACCAAGCACUCCACCUUAUGCAGUCCACAAGUGACCUGGGUGCAAUCCAAAGGUUCAAAGUAUAUAAUAGUUUCAUAGGUAUGAGCACUUACAUGGUUUUAAAUAAGAUUCAAGCUUUAUUGAAGAAAUAUUCAAACAGUCAAUGUUUCGGCCCUAAGUCAGGCUUUUAUAAAGACAAUAUGUCAUAUUCGUAUCGCGGGAAGGCAGAAUGUCCCUCUGACGUUGAGAGUGCGGCUGGUAGCCGUUGCUGUGCUUGUAUCCAACAGUAUACGAAUAUGACAUAUUGUCUUGAUGAAAGCUUGAUUUAGGGCCGAAACGUUGAUUGUUUGAUUAUUUCUUCAAUAAAGCUUGAAUCUUAUUAAAACCCCGUAGGUGCCCAUACCUAUGAAACUAUUAUAUAUAUAUAUAUAUAUAUAUAUAUAUACUGUAUAUAUACAGUAUAUAUAUCACACAAAAAUAAUCAGCGCAAGAAUGGAAGCAGAGAUAAGCCAAUGAGAGAAAAAGCUGUAAGAGUGGUUUUCAGUGCUUCAAAAUAAACAGUGUAUAAUACCCAGUAAGUGGGUAUGCAUAAAUUACUGCUUAUAGCUCACAAGAUAUGAAACAGAAUGCAAUUUAUAUGGGGGUUAAGCAAACCAGCAAUCUUAAUAGACCGCUAUUGGCAAAUAUAUAUAGGGGCCUAUCUAGGCCCUGUGUUUCUGGCGAGCAUACAGGCUCACCAGAAAUACCAGUUAUGAAGCAACAAUCUAAAGACCGCUGCUCCAUAGCCCUGUCCGCCUGCUCUGAAGAGGCGGACAGGAAUCGCCAUAAAAUUCAACCCGAUCGAGUACGAUCAUGUUGAUUGACACCCCCUGAUUGGCCGCGAGUCUGCAGGGGGUGGCGUUGCACCAGCAGCUCACAAGAGCUGCUGGUGCAAUGCUGAAUAUGGAGAGCGUAUUGCUCUCCGCAUUCAGCGAUGUCUGACGGAACUGAUCCGCACUGUCGGAUCAGGUCCGACAGACAUAUGAUAAAUAAGCCUCAUGGUCACCAACUGUAGAUUCCUGAAUGUGUAUAAAUAGGGUAAGUUCCCAGCAAUAAAUCCCACACAGUCUCUUCUUGAAGAUAGUGGAAAACUUAAAAUCCGGUAAUGCUGCUUGAAUUAAAAGCGUGCCAUUGGCGUUUCUGCUUGGAAGUAGAUAUCUGGAAGAUAAAACACAAGCGCAACCAAGAUUCAAAGUAGCUUAAUGAUUUAUUCAUAAAACUUCCCUACGCAUAAAUAUGCACUUACAAGAAAGUGAAAUAAAAUCAGUGUGUCAAGUAUCAAUAUACCAUCCGGUUUUACAGCAGAGUCUCCAGAGAUGCAAACGAUCCCUCCGCUCACUGGUGCGAUCCUUUUAAAAUUGCCCAAAACAGAAUUAAAACAAAUCAUCCAAAUCCCCUCCGACUCAACGCGUUUCCUCUGCCGCCUUAGCAGACUAUUUCAAGAGAUUCACAGUGUAUAAUGCAUAUAUAUAUAUAUAUAUAUAUAUAUAUAUAAACUAUGCCUUCAAACCGGAUGGUAUAUUGAUACUUGACACGCUGAUUUUAUUUCACUUUCUUGUAAGUACAUAUUUAUGCGCAGGAAAUCAUCCAAAUCCCCUCCGACUCAACGCGUUUCCUCUGCCGCCUUAGCAGACUAUUUCAAGAGAUUCACAGUGUAUAAUGCAUAUAUAUAUAUAUAUAAUAUAUAUAAACUAUGCUGUAAAACCGGAUGGUAUAUUGAUACUUGACACGCUGAUUUUAUUUCACUUUCUUGUAAGUACAUAUUUAUGCGCAGGAAAGUUUUAUGAAUAAAUCAUUAAGCUACUUUGAAUCUGAGUUGCGCUUGUGUUUUAUCUUCCAGAUAUAUAUAUAUAUAUAUAUAUAUAUAUAUAUAUAUAUAUAUAUAUAUAUAUAUACAUACACACAUAUAUAUACACACACACAUAUAUAUAUAUAUAUAUAUAUAUAUAUAUAUAUAUAUAUAUAUAUAUAUAUAUAUACACAGAUAUAUAUAGUAUAAUUAGUAUUAGGUGAUAGCAACAGGUGACAUAAGAUAAAUAUUUGAUAUCACACUAUUUUGUAGAACUGACUACAAAACAAUUAUAUAUAAACACAUACAUACACACACAUAUAUGAUAUAUAUAUAUAUAUAUAUCAUGCAAAAAUAUGGUUUGAUCCAAAUUCCCCUUCAACCAUAUCUAUCAAAAUGUGCACUGAAGUUAUUCAAACAUAAUGCAGUUUUUUAUUUGUAUUGUUUAUUUUAACCAAUUUUAAUUGUAUUUUUAAUAUUUUACUUUAUUUUUACCUCGUUAUACUGUUGUAUUUUCUGUGAGGUAGCUGAUUAUCCAGUUUAGGCCUCAGAAAAAACAUACCUGACAAUCUGCUUUUUGUAGGGUAUAUUCUGUUACUGUUGCAAAUCUUUAUUUAAGUCUUACCUGUAAAACAAAAAAUAUCCAAAGACUUUAAGGAUAAAUUUGUGUAGAAAAUAGUACUGAAAAGCCUACCAACUGCAAUAGAAUAUACCCCAUGUUGCAAAAUCCAACCACUAGUGAUUUAUUUGUAUAUUCUGACGUAGAUGUGUGUUUUUUUUCUAUUGGUCUAAAAACUGUUGAAAAACUGUUAGUAAAAUUAGUUUUACAAUCCAAAACAUAUUAUUUAAAUGUUUUUACAAUGUACUGUGUGUGUGUGGCAGCUGAGGGCUUAACAGCUAUUUUAGAAGCAGCUCAAAUAUUUAUUUAAAGCUCCAGUAUUAUGCAAAACAUUACCAUAGAAAUGUUGUGAAUCCAUUAAAAUUAAGCCCAUUAUUUUAGCACCUUUACAUUUUUUUUUUUAACAUUUUAGAAAUAAUAAUAGUUUCAAAAUCAUUAUACUUAGCCCCCAACCAUGUUAUGGGAUUGUCACAUAUAUAUUGGCUGCACAUAAGGCAAUCUGUCUAACAUUUGUUAUAAAUUCUGUAUAAUCCUGACAAUUAUAUAUGCACUGAUCGGUCAUGUGGUUGAAUGUUCUACUAUGUAAUGUUUUGUAGGACCAUUUGGAUAUUUUAUACUUACUAUCAAGAUUCUUCCUUUAAUCAUUAAUCAUUUUGUUUGAGAUUUUGCUGAAAUCUGUUUAAAAUGUAAAAUCCUACAAAUAAAAUGAUGUAUUUGUCAUUUA